GCGACUGCUGCUCUGAUCUGGAACUAUAAAACACGUGAGGAGUUGAAGGAGGCACUGGACGCGGAGCUGCGUGCAUUAACGUGGACAAAGAGUUGGGAGGGAAACACGACAUCUCCUGGAACCACACAGAGUUUGAGGUACACUACGAUAGUUUGCUUAGUGAGGUAAAGAUAGGGGAUUACUACCUAAGACUACUGUUAGAAGAGGACGAUAAGGUCUCCAAGAUUCACAAACCCUACGAGUUCUUCAACGACAUUUACCACCGGUUUCUACUGACUACUACUGUACAGAUGAGGUGUAUGUGUCUCCAGGCGAUGGGUGUGGUCUAUAAGAGAUAUUACGAAGAGAUAGGAACGUUCAAUGACACGCGCUACCUGGUCCACAUGUUAGACAAGUGUUCUGAUAGACAGGAGCGAGACAGGACUCUGCAAUUCAUGCACUCUCUUCUGAAGACGAAGAAGAACGUGAAGCUGUUGCUAGAUGCGGGGGGUAUAAAGAUAUUGAUAGACCUGGUCUCACUAGCACAUCUCCACACAUCGCGGGCUACUACCCCCUUCCAGAGUAUGUUUAUAGAAGCCGGCGGGGCUAUGCACGAGGAAAGAGAAUGGUACUAUGGCAACAAGGAGAAAGAGAGAUUCGGUCCGUACAGUCUGCGAGAGAUAGCCGAGUUUUGGGAGGAAGGAGUGCUCUCUGAACGAACCAAGUGUUGGGCACAAGGUCUGGACGGGUGGAGACCUCUCAGGUCAGUAGCACAGUUAAAGUGGACGCUACCUUGUAGCACUGGAGUAGCCCUGCUGAACGGAACCGAGCUGUCCACCCUCAUUCUGAACAUGCUCAUUGACAUCUGUAGCUUCUAUCCUAGCCGGGAGGAGGACGGAGGUAUUAUCCGACCCAUCCCUCGAGCGAAGAGGAUCCUAUCUGAGAACUGUUUGCCUCACUUAGUACAGCUCCUCCUGACAUUCGAGCCUGUUAUCGUCGAGAAGGUGGCAAUACUGCUAGAUAACAUAAUGGCAGAUAACCCAGCUCUCCCGCGACUUUAUCAGACUGGAGUGUUCUAUUUCAUCCUCAUGUACACAGGAAGCAACGUGAAGCCUAUAGCAACGUUCCUUCAGAACACGCACUUGAGACAAGCUUUCAGACAGGGUGACAGUGCUGACACUGCCAUCAACAGUAUUCUCUCUCCUCUGCUGCCUAGCGCGAUGAUCUACUUCCUAGAGAACCACGGUCCUGCUAAGUUCAGUGAAAUCUACCUGGGGGAGUUUGACACGCCUGAAGCUAUCUGGAUGAGUGAGAUGAGACGGACUAUGAUACAGAAGAUAGCUGUUCACUUAGGAGACUUCAAACCAAGGCUCAUGUGCAAUACUCGCGCACUUUAUCAG